CUUAAAGUCUCAGAAACUUGAGACAACCCCAAUUCGGAAACUCAGCACAAAUUCUGAAACUUGUCAGUGUUGGGUAACCGGUCGAAGUCGGGCUUGCAUUUUACUCUCUACCUGAUAAGUGCAAGCGAUGGAUCCGCGCCUCCACAGAUACGUCUUAAACUUUUCGGAUGGGUCGCAGCCAAUCCAGGUUGACUAUCCCGACACCAGGGUGUUUAGAAACUGCUCAAGCUAUGGCGAUCGUGUGCCGGGCCUUAGCUGGAAUGAGUUUUGCAUUCAUCAUCAGGGACAACUGGAGUAUUUGCACGAUCCAAAGCAAGUGAUACUCGAAGCCAUCUUCGAUGCGAUCGACGGCGAGGAGCUCUAUCCGGUCGCCUAUGAGCGUGGUUCUCGAGUCGACAAGUUUCUGGCGCGUGCCUGCAAGCCGGCGAUUGACAAGCUAUUUGCCCAGAAGCUCUGCCUAAGCAUCUCAACCGGCGCCAGUAUACAGAUAAGCGUGCAGCUCGGUGUGGCCGCCAAUAGCAGCAAGCAGAUCUCGCCUGCGCUGCUCAUAUCUCAGGAGGUUUCGCGCCUAAUGGAGCGUCUGGAGGUGCACAACGGCGUGCGCGGCGUGUUGAACCUAAGCAAUUUCGGGGCGAAUCCCUGCUUCAAGAGCAUCGUAGUUAGUCUGGCCAAUGUGGCCACCCUGAGGCACGUCUGCAGCAGCAUCUAUCACAACGAUGACAGCUUUAGCUCGGUGAAUGGCUUCAUUUUCGCUGACAAUCAAAUGAAGAGCGUGGAUCCGCUCAAGCUCUUUGGCGAUGUCGAAUAUGGACUCCUCGAUCUCAGUGGAAAUAAGAUUGCUUCUGCGGUUCGUCUGUGCCGCGAGCUGAAGCGUAUUCGUGCAAAGGAACUGAAGCUGGCCAACAACCCCAUCACGAAGAGUUCCAGAUAUCCCAACAGCAUCAAAGCGCUGCAAGGGAACUUCAGUAUGGUGGAUGGCAUUCCCUACGACAAGCUCCACACCACCUACACGCCCCUGAACCAUGACAUCGAUCUGGAGUCGGAUGGCAUACGCAUUGACUGGACCAAUAAGUGGAAGCUGGCGGACUUUGAGCAAAGCGAAGAUUGGCAUGCCUUUCUGGUACCCGAUCGCAUGCACCUGAUGACUGAGCAACGACUUUUUAGAUUAUUCUUCAGUACGGCCAAUCAAAUGCUGGCUGAGAUUUAUCCCUGCUACUACAAGUUUGAUGGGAAGGAGCACAUUUUUCUGGCGCGCAAUUGCUUCGAGCAGAUUGAAUAUUUGGUGCACAGCUGCAAUCUGGAGAUGAAACUUCCCGAUGCGGAGCCAAUGGUUGAUCCAGAUGUGAGAGUGGCUCCUCGCACCAUUCCUUUCUAUAUGCGCAUGAAUGUCAGUCGCUUUAAGCUGCAUCACGUGGAUCCCCAGGAGAGGAUUACCAAGUGCAUACAGAAGUGUUUUGUGGCCCAGAAUCGAGUGCUCAAGAUGUCGCACUUUCAGGCAACCGAAGGCCUGAAGGGCCUGUGGGUCCACAUGGGCUCGACGAGAAUUCUAAACAACAUCCUGUCGAUUAUCUCGCGUCUGUACAUGUCCAACUGCUCGGAGAUUCGUCUGUGCAACAACGGCAUUCUCCGAAUAGACGGUGCGCGCGUCCUCUCGCGAAUGGGCAACCUGAGGGCGCUAGACCUGGGCCACAAUUGGAUACACGACUUGGAGGACAUCAAGUCGCUGGGCGACCUGCCGCUGAAGUCGCUGCGCCUCCAUGGCAAUCCGCUGUGCGCAAAGUACAGUCUCCCCAAUGACUAUAUCCAGGCAGUGCUGAAAAUCUUCCCGCAACUGACGACUCUGGAUGGGGUGGAUCUGAGCAGCAAGCCGGGCCAGGCGCCGCAGAAAAACUUCCUCUGCGACAUUGGGGCUUACGAGAUGCUGGGCGACGUAUUUCUCCGCAACUAUCUGCGCGAGUUCGAGCAGGCGGACGAGCGAGCCAAUCAUCUGAUGAAAUAUUACACGGACGACUCAAUCUUCACGAUGACCUGCAACUAUGUGAUGGGUCGCUCGCAAUCGUUCAACGCGCAGCUCUUCAAGCGCAUCGCCAAGUACACGAAGCACUCGCGGGACAUCAGGAAGUGGUCGGACUACACCAAGGCCACAAACGAAUUCCAUGUGGGUGUGAUGGAAAUCAUUGGCGUGCUCAUGGAGCUGCCGAGUGUCGUCCACGACUUUGUCUCCCUCCAGACGGACGUGAUGCACUUCAAUGGCAAGUCGGCGGUUAUUCACGUCACUGGGCUGUUGCGCGACGACUCUCCAUGCACCCACAACCAGGAGGAGCUCUAUUUGGCCUUUAGCAGGGACUUUGUACUCAAGAUCGAUGAUCAGGGAAAGGGCUUUGGCAAGGAGUCGCGCCGCCUACAGAUCGUCAAUGACCACUUGAGCAUCAUGAAUCCCUCGAGGCACCAGUUGAAGAGCGCGUUCAAGGUGUGCCCACUGCCAGACGUUCGUCUGAUGACACCCGCAUCCGAGGACUCAAUAGACGCCAAGAACGACAAGCUCAUAAUUUUCCUUGAGUUAACCGGCCUAACAUCUCCAUGGUGCACAAGGAUCGUGGAGACUGCCGAAUGGGAUUUCGAACUGGCCACCAAAUUGUUUCUUGACAUGGUGGAAAAAAAAGAGCUUCCCGACUCGGCCUUCCACUAGGCAACAAUACUUAAUAUUAAUUGAUGUGGAAUCCUAAUUCAUUUGAAAACCCAAAGAGCAAAUCAAAGACUAGCAACUACAAAUGUUUGUGCCUUCAAACUACCUUAAUCGAAUACUAAUAUUACAACUGAACAACCUACCUAUCAACCCUCCAGUGAAAUCAACCCUUGAAGACUGCUUGAUGGCCAAAAAAACAUUUAUUGUAUGAUAUUUAAGAGUUAUUCACUGGCAAAACACGACUCAUCCAUCAUCUCCCACAUUAACUACUACACAGAAAAAGAGACAUUCAUAGCAAAUACACAUGUAUAUAUAUA